CCAAUUCCUUCUCGAAAACAAUGAUGCAUAAUUCAACCGACGAAUCGGAAUGGGAGGUGAGACCUGGUGGUAUGCUCGUCCAACGAAGAGACGACACCGCUUCCUCCGACCAACCUCUUCAGGAUCCCGACUCUGCUUCCGCCGCUUUUUCUCAGACCAUCAGAAUCACUGUUUCUCAUGGCUCAUCCCACCACGAUCUUCAUAUUUCUGCUCACGCCACUUUCGGGGAUGUGAAGAAAGCCCUUGUCCAGAAAACUGGGUUGGAAGCUAGUGAAUUGAAGAUCUUGUUCAGGGGAGUUGAGAAAGAUGAUACUGAACAAUUGCAAGCUGCUGGUGUUAAGGAUGCGUCUAAGCUUGUUCUCGUUGAGGAUACGAAUAAGAGAGUGGAACAAGUUGAACAGCAGCCUCCUCCUGUGGUGGUAACCAAAGAGAUGGCAAAAGCUAUUGCUGCACUUGUUGCGGUUACAGAAGAGGUCGAUAAGCUCUCGGAUAGGGUUGUUGCUUUAGAAGUUGCUGUGAAUGGAGGGACGAAAGUUGCGGUGCGGGAGUUUGACAUGACUGCAGAGCUUCUCAUGAGGCAGUUGCUCAAAUUGGAUGGCAUUGAGGCUGAAGGGGAAGCUAAAGUACAGCGUAAGGCAGAGGUACGUAGAGUCCAAAACUUGCAGGAGAUUGUGGAUAAGUUGAAGGCAAGAUGUUCAAAUCCGUUUGUGGAUCAGAGCAAAGCCGCAGCAGUAAGCACUGAGUGGGAAUCAUUCGGAAACGGUGUUGGAAGCUUGAACCCUCCUCCGCCAGCUUCGCCUUCAGCCAAUGUAACUCAAGAUUGGGAGAAAUUUGACUGACUUUUUUAUUACUGUUACGUUGCCAUGAAGGAAAAAGUGCUUUUGGUUACUGUUUAUCUUUUUGAUUAUUGUUAAAUUGGAAAAUAACCAUAAAAGUAUCGGCUUUAUGCUCCUCCAGUGUCUAUAUAAAAUUCGAAUAGUAUC